CUUAAGAUGAAUCACAAUAGAAAUAACCUGAUGAUCACCUUUUUUUCCAGGAAAUAUCCAUCUCCUGGGUGUCAGGGAAAGGAACAUAGAUUAAGGGGACCCCUAAACCCCACCUGACAUUCCCAGGGCUCCCACUCCAGUUGCUCAGGUCCCCAGUUUGCACUUUUCUUAAUGCUCUUGUGCUGAGAGCCUCCAGAGGGUGAUAAUUGCAUCCUUCUGCAAAGGUGACUGGGUGAGGGGCUGUGGUGGGGGCCAUGCCUGUUCCUCAGGACUAAAGUGCAAAGGGCACAGAGAAACAAUGGCAAAGAAACGAGGAACCAGCUGCCCAGGGUUCUGUUUCAGGGGAAAGUCCUGCAGUGCUGGGCACGGCCUCCACACCUCAGAGAGGAUUUCUCAACUGUAAACUCCGUGGCUGAACCAGAUUAACAGCCCUCUUCACUCUGCUGCUCCUUCAGUCUCAGUGGCAUUGACUGCCAGCGACAGUCUGUGGGGACAGGCUGGGGUGCCAGGCUGGAGUGUGUAGCGCUCAGUCUCAUGAAGAGCAUCGACAGGUGGCCAGCAGCAGUUUAGGAAAAGCUCCCUCAAGGCCAGCGUGCAAGGAGCAGGCAUGCUGGAAAAUGCCACAUCAGUGGGUUCUGCUGGGCCACCAGAAGAACCUCCCCUGGGAAGAGACCUGCCAGGUUGCUAGCAGCUCAGCAGUGCCUCUUGGCCAGAAGGCCACCUCCUUCUUGGUCAGGCCAAUACUUAACACCCAGAUCCCCAAAUUCAAUGUCAGCCCAAGAUCUGGUCCUGAGUGAGCCUCUUGGGAUCGCCAGCAAGCCCGAGGACUCAUUCAUUCUCCACCUCCUGCUCAUCCUCCUGUCUCCCAGCUCAGCAUUGUCACUUCGGUCAAAGGUAAUUUGUGCAAGACUGAUGUGUUAACAGGUCCCUCCCAAACCUGACUCCGUGUGCCUUUAAAGAUAGCAAGCUCCCAUUUAUGAGCCACGCAACCUCUGCUCCUUCCUCCCUCACCACCCCUGCAGCGAUCCCAAGAACCACCGGCCAGAGUGAAAGCCUGAGCUCCUCGUUUUUCGCGACAGAAAAUUCUAUUAGGAGCUCCAGGAGACGAAGAGGGCCUGUAAAUGACCACCACAUUUGUGCUAAAGAAGAAGACUGGAAUUGAAGAGUUACGAUGUGACCCAGAGAGGCAGUCCCACCCCACCAGACACCUAGGGAAGCUGCAGUUGAUUGGUGGCUUUCAUGAGGAAGGAGGGGUCGGUUUCCAUGGUGUGAACACAGCAACACUCCAGACAGUUCAGACUUCUGCCAGCACAGAGCUCCUUGGGUUUCAUACGAGAUAUUCUCUGCUGUCAUGGAAUUGGCCAAAAUGUCAGACAUGACAAAGCUCCACCAAGCUGUGGCUGCAGGGGACUAUAAUGUAGUGAAAAAGAUUUUGAAGAAAGGUCUCUGUGACCCAAACUACAAGGAUGUGGACUGGAAUGACCGGACCCCACUUCACUGGGCUGCAAUCAGAGGGCAAAUGGAAGUGGUGCACCUCCUGAUAGAAUAUGGAGCCAGGCCCUGCCUGGUCACCGACGUGGGCUGGACCCCCGCUCAUUUUGCAGCUGAGUCAGGCCACCUGAAUGUGCUCAGGACUCUCCACGCAUUGCAUGCAGCCAUUGAUGCCCCAGACUUCUUCGGUGACACACCAAAGAGGAUUGCACAGAUCUAUGGGCAGAAAGCCUGCGUGGCAUUUCUGGAGAAGGCCGAGCCCGAGUGCCGGGACCACCGCCUCGCCGCCCUGCAGAAGGGGCUGCCCCUGGAUGAUAGGGACGGAGACUGGGACGCCAAGAAAAGGGAGCUGGAGCUAUCUCUUCCCUCCCUGAAUCAUCGAAGCACGAAUAAAAAGAAUAAGAAAAGCCGAGGCCCUACCAGGCCCAGCAAUACCAAGGAGAGGAGAGCAUGAGAGGAGCUGGCAGGCGCGUGCUAUCUUUACGAUGGAUUCCGCUUGCCAUGUUUUUGCUGGUCCCCGACCAGAACAAACACUGGAAGACAAUUGACUUGAGAGGGACCAAUAGAAUUCUUCUCUGGGUAUUUGAAAAGAAAUAUUCAUGAGAUGCUGGAUCAGUGGCAGAUAACUUUAGAAGUACGAAAUGGCUAAUUCUACAAUAGGGCUGAGAAAGAGAGGUCUUCUACAAAGAGGAAAGGAAAACUGAUGCAAAAGAUGGAGAGAUAGAGACUGGUGAAUAGACAAUUUUUUUUAUUCCUAAUUCUGCCUCCUUACUCAGGAACCUGUAAAAUAUUAUUUACAUAAUAAAAUUUCCCCUUUACUUGUAGUAUAUUGAAUUGAUUUUUUCCUCUUACAACCAGACUUUUCUAGUAUGUACAGUAUUUUAAGGUCAUGGGCUUAUAAAUAAAGCAGACUUGGGUUUGCACCCUCCUCUGCUGAAAGAGGCAGAAUAAUUCCCAUUUGUUGGGGUUGCUGUGAGGAUGAGAUGGACAGUAAUCUCUGAGAUGCUGGCAUUGGUGCAUGCAACUGCUCCAUGCCAUGGCUAUUGUAAUACUAUAGAAGUGAGCUCAGUUUUCCCCUGGGAAUCCCAUUGGGGUCCAGGAAUAAUGUCCUUGACAAGUGAGGCUCUCCAUUGUCCAGUCCAUAAAUACCCCUUGUCUAAUUUUAUAACAUUGAUAAUAGCUUAUCUUCCAUUGGUUGGACAGACCUGGACCAAAAUGGGAUAAGUAAAAUAUUCUUUGGGCUCUCUUACUGUGUCCAUGACCCUAUGGCCUUCCAGUGCCCUCACUGUACCUUCCUUCCAUACUUAUUCUUAUGGAGGUAUUAGGAGACAUAUUUCUUUUCCCAUGAAUUUUUGUAUAAUAACUGAGAAUAACCAGGAAGAGGACACAUACAGCUUCUCUGUAUGAAGAAUUUGAUGCAAUAUAGAUAGUCUCUGUGCUAAGCACUUUACAUGUAUUAUAUCUAAUCUGCAUGACAUACCUGCAAGGCAGGUACCGUGUUUCUCCAAAUAUAAGACAGGGUCUUAUAUUUAUUUUUCCUCAAGAAGACACCCUAGGGCUUAUUUUCAGGGGAUGUGUUAUUUUUU